AUGUAUUUGAUUUCUGUCUUUUUAUUGUUGGCUACUAUUUGUGAAGAAUUAUCUUCCUUCUGCCCUUCCCAAUGUACCUGCCUUUUCCACGGUAGAAGUGAUGGCACUGGGAUUAGGUCCGCAUUAUGCAACGACCCAGAUAUGUCUGAAAUCCCCGUCAAUGUGCCAGUGGACACUGUUAAACUUCGAGUGGAGAAGACUGCUGUCCGCCAACUUCCACGUGAAGCAUUUUAUUACCUUGUGGAUUUAAGAUAUCUUUGGUUAACAUAUAAUGCCAUUAACACCAUAGAUCCUCGUAGCUUUUAUAAUUUAAAAGAACUCCAUGAAUUGCGCCUCGAUGGAAAUGUAUUGUCGACUUUUCCCUGGGAUUCGCUACAAGAAAUGCCAAACCUUCGAACCCUUGACCUGCACAACAACAGGCUGUCAAGUAUUCCUGCAAAAGCAGCUCAAUAUCUCAAAAAUAUAACUAACAUUGACAUUUCCAGCAACAAUCUGACCACCCUGCCUUCUGACCUGCUGGAUCUCUGGCCAGCUUUUCCAACACGCCAAGUGUUCGACAAAGUUCCACUCCGGAGAGUUAUUCUAGGUUUCCAAGAUAAUCCAUGGUUCUGUGAUUGUAGAAUAUCGAAGUUAAUUGAACUCUCUAAGUCGGAAGAAACGCCAGUCAUCCUCAUGGAUCCUCUGGUGACCUGCAGCGGGCCGGAUGAUAUUGCUGGUGUCCUAUUCCAACGCGUUGAGCUUCACCAGUGUGUCAAACCAUCAGUCAUGACUUCAGCAACCAAAAUUACGUCACCACUUGGAAGCAACGUUUUACUCCGGUGUGACUCAACGGGAUAUCCCACCCCAUUACUCAUCUGGUUUAGGGAAGAUGGCUUACCAGUUAAUAAUACAGUCAUUCAAGAAUCACCGGCAGAUGGGAUCCGAUGGUCGAUAAUAAGUUUAAUGGGAAUUUCCUUUAAGGAUGCUGGUGAAUACAGAUGUAGAGCGAAAAAUUUGGCAGGAACUUCAGAAGCAUCCAUCACCCUCACAGUUGUAGGAACCGUCACCACAGCUCGCCCACUAAGGAGGAGUUUUAUAAACAAACCGACGGCAGAGAAAAAUAAUUCAGUUCAAGUGAAUGUGGAAGAACAAAUGGGAAGCUUGUCAACAGAAACGUUAUCACCCAUGCCCACCACAACAGGAGCUAAGAAAAAGGCCACUCCCGUUGACAAAGCUAAGGCGAUGGCGGAUGAAAAGAAGCUUAAUGAGGUGCAAGUAGAGGGAAAUUCAAAAAAAGAAACUCAGCAAGUCAAUGAAAACAAGAAAGAAAGUGUAUCCAUGAAUACAACAGCAGCAUUAAACCGGAAUUUUAUGAUUAAAAAUCUCCGUGUUAUCAGUGAGACGGAUCAGAAAGUCCUGGUCACCUGGAAAGCUAACGAUUACGAAAGUGGUACACCAUUAAAUGUACUCUACUCAAAGUAUGGUGAUAAAGAUGUGCAGAAAAUCCAUGUGGAUCCUAACAAAAGCAAGAUCUCUAUAGGUGGUUUGACACCCAAUACAAAAUAUACCGUUUGUGUCUGCCCAAAGGGAAUCCAGCCUAAGAGAGAACAAUGUGCCAUUUUCUCAACGGAAGGAGAAAUCAGCAUAGACAGCCAUCAAUCCUUGCUGAUCAUUAUCGGUAUUAGUGUGGCGUGUGUUUCUGGAGUGGGAAUAAUUUUUGCUUUGUGCUCGGUCAUCAUGAAAAGUCACUGCAAAAAGAAAGAACCAGCAGAACAUGAGCUAAUUAAAGAUUCUUACAUACAGUUUGAAACACUAUCCCUCAAACCAGAGCCAAAAAUGAGAGGGCAUAAACUGUGGACUCAUCGUGAUACUGAAUCGCAAAGACUAUUGCUAUGCUCAAGAUCCAGCAUUGACUCAGAGCUCACCUUCAAAAGUGACAGUUCUAGGUCUGAGUACCUGUGCUGA